GUCCUGCAGACCCUUUGGUCUGCAUGGCUCACACAUUCUGAACCUAUUCUAAACCACAGCUCUCUCCAUCAUCUUGCUAACAGAGGAUAUUUAUCACAUAUUGUUUUUUUCCCUCCAAAGCUGAAUUUUGACCUCACGCGGUGAACCGUGUUUAAGAAGUGGCUGCACGUAUUGGAAAGAGUAAAUCUUUUUUUUUAGGAAUUUUUUUUUUGUACUUGCUCUUUUAAAGACACAAAGUACAAGAGGCGUUCUCCCUCUGUCCAGCGCAGCAGCAAACGUUUCAGUCACACGCUGUAGAUGAGUUGACCAGAGGAUGAUGGGUUCCCCCCUUGAGCCUGGUUCCUUUCCAGUUUUCUGCCACGGGGAGUUCUCCUUGCUGCUGUUGCUUCAGGUUUGCUCCUGAGGGAGUUUACGCCUGGGUCUGUACUCUGGUUGCUACUGUGGCAUACUGUAGCACCGAAGUGUAUUGUGACAAUUGUUUUGUGAAAUUUGCUAUAGAAAUACAUUUUGAUUGAUAUAUGAUUGAGCUGUUCUAAAGCCCAGCUCUCUCCAUUAGCUUGAUAAGUGAUGAUGCUAUGAUACUACAACGAGUAAUUUAUUGUGGAUUCAAACUCUGGAUUUGUGUUUCAAUAAUGUUUGUAGGAGAGGGUGUAUGCUUGAGAUUAGCUGGGGAAUGAGAUUCCAUUUGGAUUAACACACAUGAGAGAGAACUGACAGAACCUGAAGAACAGGGCUGGUGGAAAACUGCUGGCAGAUCAGCCAAUCAAACCUCAGUAGUACAAUGCUGCCUCCUGCAAGAAGUGCUGUUUGAUAAUCAGGUGUGUCUAACAGGAAGAGCGAAGUAAAGUUUCUCACAGGUAAAGCUUUGUGUUACAUCAUGGACCUUUUAAAAAGAUUCUAAUGUAUGUUUUCCAGAAUUUAAUGAAUUUCAGAAAAAAAUAUAUUGGAGGGAAAAACAAUGCGAGACUGAGAAGAAGAACAGAAAUUAGAGAGAUUUUAAAGAGGCUUUUUUUACCUGCCGUUUGAGUAACAGCAGUGAGUGAAACUGAAACUUAAGCUACUGGAUUUAGCAGAAAUCAUUACUGAGCUCAGAACAGACUGAGACAGAAUGGCGUCUGGAUCUUCUCUCCUGGAUGAGGAGCUCUCCUGUCCUGUGUGCUCUGAAAUCUUCAGGGAUCCUCUUGUCCUGAGUUGCAGUCACAGCUUCUGUAAGGCCUGUCUGCAGCAGUACUGGGAACAGAAGGGAUCUCGGGAGUGCCCAGUGUGCAGGAGAAGAUCUUCUAUGGAUUCACCUCGCCCUAACCUGUCUCUGAGCAAUAUCUGUGAGGUGUUCUUAAAGGAGAGAAGUCAGAGAGCUAAAGCAGGAUCUGAAGUGCUCUGCAGUCUGCACAGUGAGAAACUCAAACUCUUCUGUUUGGAGGAUCAAAUACCCGUCUGUGUUAUCUGCCAAACUUCAAAAAAACAUGAAAACCACAAAAUGCGACCAGUUCAAGAGGCUGCAGAAGAGUAUAAGGAGAAACUCAGGUCUGCACUGGCUCCACUGCAGGAGAAGCUAAAAGCCUUUAAUGCAGUGAAACUAGUCUGUGAUCAAACUGCAGAGCACAUCAAGAGCCAGGCCCAGCACACAGAGAGACAGAUAAAGAUGGAGUUUGAGAAACUUCAGCAGGUCCUAAAAGAUGAAGAGGCAGCCAGGAUCACUGCACUGAGGGAGGAAGAGAAGCAGAAGAGUCAGAUGAUGAAGGAGAAGAUUGCCAAGAUGACCAAAGAGAUAUCAUCCCUUUCAGAACAAAUCAGAACCAUAGAACAGAAGCUGGGAGCUGAAGACGUCUCAUUCCUGCAGAGUUACAAAGAUUUGGAGAAACGAGCCCGGUGCACACUGGCGGAUCCAGAGAAGGUCUCAGGAGCGCUGAUUGAUGUGGCCAAGCACCUGGGCAAUCUGAAGUACAGAGUGUGGGAGAAGAUGCUGGGGACUGUUCAAUACACUCCUGUGACUCUGGACCCAAACACAGCACAUCCCAACCUCUCACUGUCUGAGGGUCUGACCAGUGUGAGAUGCUGUGGAGAGAUUCAGCAGGUUCCUGAUAAUCCAGAGAGAUUUGAUAGGUGGGGUUGUGUGCUGGGCUCUGAGGGAUUCAGCUCAGGGAAACACUGCUGGGAUGUAGAGGUGGGGGAUGAAGAUUACUGUGUGGUAGGUGUGGCUAAAGAGUCCAUCAAAAGGAAAACGGACUUCACACUGAGCCCAGCAGGAGGAGUGUGGAGUAUACGGCAAAUCAGUGGGAAAUACACAGCCCUGAGCUCCUCACCUACAGCCCUCACUGUGCAGAGGAAACCCCAGAGGGUCAGAGUGCAGCUGGACUGGGACAGGGGGGAGGUGUCAUUCUCUGACCCCAGUGACAACACUCCUCUCUACACUUUUAAACACUCCUUCACUGAGAGAGUGUUUCCAUUCUUCAAUCCUGGUUCUCUACGAAUCUGUCCACUGAAGGUGUCUGUAAGAGUGGAAUAGCAGUCACUGUGGGAUUGUGGGUAAAAAUCAUCUGAAGAAAGAGGACUGUAUUUACUUGCUUCUGAGCAGGUUUAAUGCUUGAAAGGGCGCUUUUGUAGUACGGCUAUUGUAAGUGUAUGGUUUGUGUGUAAUCGGUUGAGGUGUAAUAAAUGCACCAGUGGAAUCAUACAAAAUUCUCUUUCAAUAUUUUAUUUAAUCUUUAAAAAAUAUAUAGAUCCAUUUUUACAGCAGUUCUCAAUGAAUGUAACUUCAUAACCUCAUGAUGUGAAUGUUGCAGUAAAUACAUUGGUUUGUGCGUAAUAAGUUGAAUUGUAAUAAAUGCACCAGUGGAAUCA